GCAUAUAUUGCAUGUUUUUGGGGUGUUCAUCAUGUUGGCAUUGUUACCCUUUUUUUCGGUAUCGGCGGAGCUAUCAUCUCUCUAUUCGUGGGACCAUUGGCGAAGUACAUCUCUCAGAUAGCCGUGAUAAUUUUAGGAGCAUGUCUUAAUGUAGCUAUCUGUUUGUUGUUAUUUCUAUGGAAACCAUCGCCAGAGACAACUGGCAUUUACUUUGUCAUCGCAGGAAUAUGGGGAAUGGGAGAUGCCAUUUGGUGGUCACAAAUACCAGCCCUCUACGGACUGAUGUUUCCAAAAGAUAGAGAAGCUGGAUUUUCAAACUUAUAUUUCUGGAGCUUUUUUGGAUCUUUUCUAAGUUACACUUAUGCUAAUUACCUUUCCAUUUCUGUCAAAAUAAAUAUCCUGAUGGCAUCCCUACUGAUUAGUAUGGCCUGUUACCUAGUAGGCCAGUUCAAGAUGAAAUGUUCUGCGCGGAGAGAAUAUAUUGCAAUCGGAGAUGAUUAAUGAUAGCAAACAUUUUAGAAUCUCAAAACUUGAUGCUUAUCAACAUUAUUGUACAUAGAAAAAGAGCUUGUAAAUAACGAUACUUGGUGUGACAUUAAUAAAAACAAAAAUCACCAAAUUCCUCGUAUUUAUUACCGUGUUAUAGUAUGCUUAAAACAUGGAGCAUUUAGGUUUCAAAUUUAGGCUAAUAGCAUCACUUUUGAGCAGUGUAUAUGUUACCGAAAUUAUUUGUUCUACAGACUAUCUAGUUUAUGUGCAGAUUAACUAGAGUGAUUCAUUAAAGAGCCGAAAAUUGUUUUAUUUCCUGAAUUACCUAGGUAGGUAGCAAGGUA